AUGGCAGCCACGUUAACUGUCGAGCAAGAGCAGGCCACGAAAGAGUUCAUAGAAGCAGUUAAUAAAUGUCGGGCUGGGAGGAGAGCCGGUCCAGUGUCAUGGAGCACUGCCGUGAAAUUUCUGACAGCGAGAAAAUUUGAAGUCGCGAGAGCAUUGGCUCUGUACGAACAGCACGAAGCCACGAGAAGAAGAGAAGGUCUUGCACUUUUGUAUCCUACUCAGGAACCAUUGCUCAGUGAAUUACGCACAGGAAAAUUUACAGUUUUACCUUCGCGGGAUGCUACAGGGGCAGCCAUAGCUAUUUUUACAGCACAUUUACACCUUCCACAAAACACCACGCACCAGACAACUUUACAAGGUGUCGUGUAUCAGUUGGAUGCGGCUCUCGAAAGUGUUGAGACGCAAAAGCAUGGUCUGGUUUUUAUUUAUGACAUGUCGGAUAGCAAAUACCAGAAUUUUGACUAUGACCUCUCCCAAAAGAUUCUCACCCUCCUGAAGGGCGGUUAUCCAGCAAAACUGAAAAAAGUUUUAAUAGUGACUGCACCACUGUGGUUCAAGGCACCCUUUAAGAUCCUUCGAUUAUUCGUGCGUGAAAAAUUGAGGGACAGAGUAUUCACUGUAUCCAUUCCCCAAUUAACGUUACAUAUCCCACGAGAAUCAUUACCGCAUCGUUUGGGCGGCACAUUGGAGGUACAGCAUGAAGUAUGGCUGCUCCACUGUCUUAAAUCCAUGACAAACAGGGCCGGGGGUGAACUUUGUGAGGUUACCCCCAGAGAGGGUACUCCUCUAUCGCCCACGUCAAAGAAUCACACGGUUCAUCAAAAUCCCAAUGGAACUACAGUUAGUAGCUCGACUAGUCCCAUAAUCGAUAAGAAGCGAGAAGUGAAAAAUGGUAUCUCGAAUAUCGGGGAUAUCGAGAUUACGAAUGGUGCUGACGUCUGGAUUGGAACCGACGAGGCACCAUCUCCAGUUCAGCCUCCGUCCUCAGCUAGUUCAGGUUUUAGCGACGACGAUAGCCUUCACGGGGAUCUUGGCCUUCAAGCCGUCACUAUGGAGCAACUCAUUGAGGAGAUUCAUUCGAGAGGACGUGCGGGUCUCAUAACAGAGUACACGGAAAUUAGGCAAAGACCUCCAGAAGGUUCCUUUAAUAACGCAAAACUAAAAUCGAAUCAGUCGAAGAACAGGUACACAGACGUACUCUGCUACGAUCACAGUAGAGUGUGUCUAUCGCAGAUAGAUGGAGAUUCCACGUCGGAUUAUAUAAACGCGAAUUUUGUCGAUGGUUACAAACAGAAGAAUGCGUUUAUUAGUACUCAAGGCCCUCUUCCGAAAACGUGUGGGGAUUUUUGGAGGAUGAUUUGGGAACAGCAAACGCUCGUUGUCGUUAUGACUACAAGAGUGGUGGAAAGAGGACGCACGAAAUGUGCACAGUAUUGGGGUCCAGAACCGGGUGACGAAGUAAAAGCCGGUGGUUUCACAGUAACCACACUCGAAGUCGAUACGAAUCCCGAUUACACGAUAUCCAUGCUUCUCCUUACAAACAACAAGACUGACGAGGCAAGAGAAGUUUGCCACAUGCUGUACACAGCUUGGCCAGAUUAUGGUGUUCCACAAUCAGCCAGAGCUUUGUUACAGUUUCUAGCCUUAGUAAGACAACAACAAAAUAAGUUACUUGCUAGUAGAGGGGAUACGUGGGCAGGACAUCCGCGAGGACCACCUAUAGUGGUGCAUUGCAGUGCCGGAAUAGGAAGAACAGGAACGUUUUGCACGUUAGAUAUUUGCAUAUCGCGACUCGAAGACACUGGAACGGUAGACAUUCGUGGAACUGUAGAGAAAAUCCGAGCACAAAGGGCCUACAGUAUUCAAAUGCCAGAUCAGUACGUUUUCUGUCAUCGUGCUCUGGCAGAGUAUGCACUGUCCAGGGGGAUGCUUAGUCCGCAACAUCUAGCUAUGUUACCUCCAACUAUAGAAGAAGAUUCUGAUUAG